AGUCGUGCGGCAGCGGCAGUUCCUCCCGAAGUUACAUCGAAACGUCCAUAAUAAUGCGGUGCUCACCAUGAGUGGACAACAGGACGAGCAGAGUGUUGUUUUAACCGCCUACAUCAGCAACAGUGAAGCUUUACCGGCCAUCAACUGUAAGGAGCAAGCGGGGUUUUCGGGUCCGAGCCGUAAAAGCGGUCAGUAUAAUGUCCAGAAAUGCAGAGCACCUGCAGCGGCUCUGGGAUCGAGCUUGGGGAAGGCCCCGUACCAGCACUGCGGCUCUCAGGACUCUCUGGAUGAGCAGGCGAUGGUGGACUACUAUAAAGAGCUAGAGAUCAUCCAGCACAGUGGAGAUGCAGAACAUCAGGAGGAAGUGCAGCUGAAGGUUGCUGAUGAAGGUGAGCAGGAAGAGGCGUGGCUGAUGGAGGCGGGGCUAGCGACACUGUUUGAUGAGUCUGCAUCAGACGGCGAGGAUAGCAUGGUACUGUUGUCUUCUCUGACCCGAACGCAAGCUGCAGCUGUGGAGAGGCGCGUGGAAACACUCAAACAGACACUACGCAAACGAAACAAACCGUACAGCAUCCCUGACGUCCGGGAGAUCUUUAAACCAUCACCUUCUUCAGAUAGUAAAGAGCAUGAGGUGGAGUCCACAGAGAGAAGCGGGAGCAGUAAUGCGGAAGUCAAAGCGCUGGGUAAUGGGGUGGGGCCUGAUGCUCAGGGGGGCGGAGCUGAGACCGAGACAGACAUUAACCUGGAGGUGUCGUUCUCCGAGCAAGCGCUUAUGUUCAAAGAAGGGUUGAAGGUUACCGAGCUCCAGAGUGAAGCUGACGACAGGUUACCCGAUUUUAAAGUGUCUCAGGAUAAGACGGGUCAGACGCGAGUAGGGGAUCUCUCCUCUGAGGACAUGAAGAAAGUUCGCAGGCUUGUUCUGAUUGAGAUGAGCGCUCUGUUUGACACGUGUGGAAUAGAGCUGAAAGCUCAUAAAGCUCUCAAGAUCAAAGUGAGAGAGUCAGUUUUGUUUGGUGUUCCUCUCUCUACACUACUGGAACAAGACCAUCGGAGGGUCCCAGGAACCAGAGUGCCUCUCAUACUGCAGCAUUUGGUCUCCCAUAUACAAGAGCAGGGUUUAGACACAGAGGGUGUGCUUCGGAUACCUGGAGCAGCUACUAGAGUUAAGGCAGUCUGUCAGGAGCUGGAACACAAGUUUUAUGAUGGGAUGUUUCCAUGGGAAAGUCUUAAACAACAUGAUGCAGCUAGCAUUCUGAAACUAUUCAUUAGAGAGCUUCCUUAUCCUCUACUGACUGUAGAAUACUUGAACGCCUUCAUCUCCGUACUGAAGAUGCCUACUAAGAAACAGCAGCUACAGGCACUCAAUUUGCUGGUUCUCCUGUUACCAGAACCCAAUAGAGACACCCUCAAGGCUCUGAUGGAGUUCUUCCAGAGAGUGAUUGACCAUAAGGACAAGAAUAAGAUGACACUGAACAAUGUUGCCGUGGUAAUGGCUCCCAACCUCUUUAUGUGUAAAGGCUUCCGCAAUAAGAUCAGUGAACAGCAAGAGUUUGCCAUGGCAACUGGCACUGCCAACAUUGUCAGGCUGCUCAUCCGGUAUCAGAAUCUGCUUUGGACGAUUCCCAAGUUCAUCCUGAAUCAGGUGCGCAAACAGAACACGGAGAACCAGCGGAAGAUGAACAGAGACAGAGCGGUUAAAAAACUACUGAAGAAAAUGGCCUACGACCGUGAGAGAACCUCAGACAAACAAGAGAAAAACUCUGAGGCUGAAGGUGGCUUUAUAAGGGUUCAGGCUCCUCAGUUCUCGAUGGUCUCGAUGGCCGUACAGCUGACAGAGGAUUUAAAGGCCUUAGAUGUGCUGACACGCUUUCUCAGUCAAGAGAGGUGUCUGUCGGUGAAAAGAGAAGAUCUGUGUCUGUAUGAGAUGGGCGGGAACAUUAAGGAGAGAUGUUUGGAUGAAGAGACGUACAUCAAAGCUCUGCUGGAGCUCAACCCCACUGCAGAGUGGAUCAUUAAAUCAGCCCAGCACUGACCACAACAAAACAUGCCAAUCACACCAUGAACAAGAGGACAAACUCAAGAUUAAAGGGAAAGCAGUUCUUUACUACUGUACGACCGUUCAGAGGCUACAUGAACGAUGGGAAGACAUUUCAUCUUCAGUUGUAUAGUUGGUCCAGUCUUCUGCUGCUGCUCAUAUUAAAGCGAGCGACACAAGUCGCCCAUCGACACUAGAAGACUGAACGCUUAACAGUAGUUUUAGAUCAGAUUGUUGAGUGGCAGUUUUAGGCGCUCCGUUUGUAGAAGACACCAAACAGCUGGAGUGUGAUGGAAAUAAGGGAAAUUUGGCACUUGGUCAUUGAUCACAUUUUGAUGUUUCAUUGCUUGCAAAGGAACGAUUGUUUGAUCAGUACAAGAAUGAAACGCUAAUGUUAGUGAACGUCUUGGUCACAUUUCACCACAACACGAGUGAAGAAAUGAAAAGAAUACAAACAAGAAGUUAUAUAUUGUAGAGACAUUUUGUACAUUUUGCCCAAAUAUAAAUAUUUUCAUAAUUAGUUUUUACUGCAUUAUAAUAAAAUACAAUGAUGUUUAAAAUGAAAUCAGCAUAAAGACAAAACAUUAAAAACUACCGUAAUGUAUAAGUACUUUACUAUUUGAAUACAUGUUCUCAUUGAGUUUAUGAUUUGUCAGAUCAGAAUGAGAUUUGUUCUGCAUUGUGGUGUUGAGAAUUUGGGAGAACCGUCUUGAAAAUAAUGUUGCAAACAAAAAAAAAUCUAUUGAUUUAAAAGAUAUUUUUUAAUGUGUUUUUUAUAUAGUUAUUUAGAUAUAAAUAUAUAUACAUUAUAAAUGGGUCAAUGACGUGAAUCAUGUUUUUGUGUUGCGUCUAAUAAAUUAUUCAGAAAUACAUUAAAAAUGCAAUUCACACAAAAUCAGUACGUGAAUACACUUCUUCUAUGAUGAACAUGUUUUCAGUUUCUGAGUUCAAAGUCAUUUUGAUAUUUGUUCUGGCGCUUAAAGUCAAAAAUGUGGUGCAACCGUCUGGAGACAGUAAAAGAAAUUCAAGGUAUCAUUUAAAACUGAAAUUCUUAAAAAAGAAAUGUUGGCAUGAGUUGAGUUGAAUAAUCUUUUAUUAUUAUUUCUUUAAAACAAAUGCAGUGAAACUAUUUGAUUGAAAAUAUAUUUAAUAUUUCAAAAACUUUUGUCCGCCAAAUCAAAGUCACGUGACACAAACAACAUGUAGGUAGAAAUGUUGUUGUCAUGUGACACAAAUCAUAAAACAGAGAAGAUCUCUUUAGACCCACAAGACUUCUUCACAAACCAUCAUUUUGUCAAAUAGAAAUAAAUCUCAAUAUUUGAAUGAAAAUGCACAUUUGGUUCAGGUCAUUUAGUGCAACCAUGAGAAAACCUCUUGAUAUUCUUACCUUGAAACAAACACUUGAAAAGUUCAAUGAUGAAGUUGUGUACACAUGUAUUCAAUGUGCGAGGAAAUUAUUUGAAUAUCUUUUGAUGGUUGCAGCACAUGACAUUUAUAAAGUCAUUAAAUACAGUUUUGUACAAAAUAAUACAAAAGUUUUUCAACCAAUUUGUGAAAACAUCAUGAACUCAAAGAUUACUUGUCUAUGAACUUGACUUUUUGAAAUAUUUCUCAUUUUUGUCACCUCAGAAUACCUUAUUUGUUAAUGACCCAUAUAUAAUUAACUAUAUACACACACACGUUUGAAACAAUAUCUGGUAACACUUUAUAAUAAGGUUGUACUUAUUAACAUAAGUUAACUACACCUAGUUAACAUGAACUAAAAAUGAACAAUUUACUAAAACGUAAACUAAUACGAUUGAAAAAUGUAAAGUUUCAUACAUGAACAUUAAUUCAUUAUUAACUAAGUAUCAACUAACAAUGAACAAUUGUAUUUUUACAAAUGAUCAUUAACCAAGAUUUGUUUAAAUUUGAUUUAUGCUUUAAAUAUAUUUUCAUUGUUAUUUCAUGACACUUAAUGCCUUUACUAAUGUUAAAUAAUUGAACCUUAUUGUAAAGUGUAAAUUAAAAUCUCAAUGGAAUGACUGAAAUGUCUUGAGGUCCAUCUGCUUUUCAUCUUUUCUGCCUGAAACAUUUCAUUGUUGCAAUCUCAGAAGCAAUUCAAUUCCUCAAGUCUGACUCUCACUGCCAGUUAAAUAAAACAAGAACUGUUUGGCUGUUCCCGGCAUCAUGGACGCACUUUUUAUGUUAUGCAGUGUUUGGGGGGAUGUUGUCAUGAUGGUUAAAGUCAUGCUUGUUCUCAUAUACCGCCUAUGUGAUUGAUGUGUUUUAUUUUUAUGACAUCUAUUCGCUUUUAUGUUGUGCUGGAAACUGUGAACAUGGCUGACGAGGACUGUUGUGUUUUAUUGCUUCAGAAAUGACCACUAAAUGUUUUUGUAAAUAAAUGUUUCAUUCCUCGUGUCUGUCUUGUAUUGAGUCACUGAUAAUGCAGAUGCUAAUAAUGUCAAACAAGCACAAUCAGUUUGGGAAACGUGUCUUGUUUACUGGUAAAAACAUCUAAACAUCCUUACAUUCUCUG